AUGUCAAAAGAUUAUAUUGGUUGGUUAGAGAAAGCAAUUGCCGAUGAACAUAUAAAAUUGUAUAAAUACUCGGAUUUCCAAAUUAAAAAACAAAUAGGGAAGGGUGCGUAUGGAAAAGUUUAUCGUGUUGUUUGGAAAAAUAAACGUAUUUUCGCUUUGAAAUCUUUUAAUAGUCAAGAAGUCAUCAAAGAAAGUGUGGAAGAGUUGAAACUGCACAUGAAAGUUAACAAUCAUGAAAAUAUUAUACGGAUAUAUGGAAUCACAUUGACAAAUCCAAGGUUAAUCAUUAAUAUAAUCGGCGGAACAAGAGAAAAAACAAUUAAUGGGACUCCUAUUGAAUAUUGUAAAUUAUAUGAAGAUUGUUGGAAAGAUGAACCAAAUGAACGUCCAAAUGUGCAGGAGGUUGUUUCAUCUCUUGAAGAAUUAAUUUCUCCCAAUCAAAAAUAUAAAUUUAUCGAUAAUAUUAAUGAAAAUGAUUUUAAUAGCAAUGAAUCUAAAUUAAGCAAAGGAAUUAUAUCUCAUGAUUCUGAUUCUAAGAUUCAUAAUUUAGAAAUUUCUGAUACAAAACAAGAUCCAGUUCAAUUAAAUACAUUUAUUGAUAUCGUUGGUAUGUUUAAUGCUGCUGCUUUAUAUUUCUCUGAUAAAUCUGGUAUUAAGGAUGAAACAUUGGGUGCAAGAUAUAUGAGAUUAGCCGCUUAUAAUCGACAUAAACAAGCUAUUGAUUAUUGCAAGAAAAAUGGUUUGCCUUUGUAA